AACUCUUAUGGGCGUUUUCCUCUUGGAUGCGAGGAUCUGUUCAGGCGGAAACAGGAGCAGUGGGCACACCAUCACCACGGCAACGUGAACAGGCCCUCCCAGUCCUCCCCCGUCUUCACCGUAGACUUUGGUGCAGAGCAUGAUGACGGUGGUGGUGGUCAGUGUAUGAACUGUAAGUUCCGUGGAGAGGAGAAUCUGUCCCACUACUCUCCCUGGUCCUGUGGAACCAUCAGUACCUGCAUCAGCCCCUUUGAACCAGAGUAUCACAAGGCCUCAGCUCACUCCCGCUCCGAAAACUUAGAAGUAGACAAAGGUGAAAGGACGCGGUGGCUACACACGUUUGAGCCCUACCGCCGUCUGAAAGACGAGGACCCCAGCAUACCGUUUGAGACCUACCGCCGUCUGAAAGACGAGGACCCCAGCAUACCGUUUGAAACCUACCGCCGUCUGAAAGACGAGGACCCCAGCAUACCGUUUGAGCCCUACCGCCGUCUGAAAGACGAGGACCCCAGCAUACCGUUUGAGCCCUACCGCCGUCUGAAAGACGAGGACCCCAGCAUACCGUUUGAAACCUACCGCCGUCUGAAAGACGAGGACCCCAGCAUACCGUUUGAAACCUACCGCCGUCUGAAAGACGAGGACCCCAGCAUACCGUUUGAGCCCUACCGCCGUCUGAAAGACGAGGACCCCAGCAUACCAUUUGAUCCCUACUGCCGUCUGAAGACGAGGACCCCAGCAUACCACGAGGACCCCAGCAUACCGUUUGAGCCCUACCGCCGUCUCAAAGACGAGGACCCCAGCAUACCGUUUGGAGAGGGGCCCAUCAUACCGUUUGGAGAAGGGCCUAUCAUCUCCAAAUGGGGGGUGAUAUCCCGCGCCUCCCGUACAGGAUACCACACCACCGACCCGGUCCAGGCCACAGCCUGCCAGGGAAGCAACAGCACCAUCCCCAUCAACUUCAGAG